GUUACCCUUCUCCCUGAAGCAUCCAAAGCAUCCCAUUCCUUUCCCACCUCCAUAUAAAACGCACCUCACCUUCCAUUUCCUUCUCUGCAAAUUCCCCAAAACGACACAAAUACACAGACACGAGAGAGAGAGAGAGAGAGAGAGAUUCGAUGGGGUCGGGGAAGACGACGAAGGCGAUGUGGCUGAAGAAGGUGAUGAGCAAGGAGCUGUGGAGGCCGUGGAGGUUGUCGUCGUUUCGCUGGAAGAGAUUGGAUCUCCAAACGACGAUCAUGGACACCGUCGUUUUCAAGAUACUCUCUGUCGUUGAAGCCGUCGUGCUUGUGUCUACCCUCUGCUUCUUCUUCCUCUGCUGUGGCUGCCACUUCUGAUCAGUAUAUCUCAGUUUUCUCAGUUCCUCAUUUUUGUUGUUAAUUUCAUUAAUUAAUUUAAUUUUCACAUAAAUGCGUCUUCUGUCUGACUCUUGGAGGCUGUUUAAUCAAUAAGAGCUGCAGAAUUGUAAUUUUACUUAAUGAUCUGAAUUUUCUUUUCUUUCUUUUUUUCUUCUUCUUAUGUGUAUAUUUAAUUAUCAAUGAAAUAGAUAAAACCUUGCUAAUCCUUGUGGUUUCUGGGCUUCUGCUUUC